ACAAGCAUGUAAUGGUACCACGCGAGUAUUGUUUACUUCAUUAUUAUGGAAUAAAUAGGUCAAUAAAGUGGGAAGUGUGUUUUCAGUGCUCAUUAACAUUUACCAGACCUUCUAACCACAAAAACAUAAUAAGUGGCGACGAGAGAAGCAAGAUGAUAUCAAAUGCGGGUUAAUAGGAAAGGUUAAGGUUAGAAGCGCCGUACGUAAACAUCACGACUACUGUAAGUACAACUUUAUUAUCAAGUACAUAUAAAUUGUCGAAUAUGGCUGACCCUACUCAACUCGAUAGAUUAAUAACCGCAAUGGUGGGCAUGACAACUGCUAUCCAACAACAACAGCUAGCUAAUGCAAAUCAGCAAUCAAACGUUACAUUGAUAUCAAAUUUCGAAGCUUUCGACCCAAAACACCAAACUUUCAAAAACUAUAAAGAACGAUUGGAAAUACAUUUUCGAGUAAAAGGGGUUAUCGAUAAUAAACCGCUGUGCGCUAAUCUAUUGCUGCAAUAUAUAGGCUCAGCUAAUUUCGACUUGCUUACUUCAUUAGCGGCACCACAGGAUCCGAAACAAUUGACUUACGACGAGCUAAUGGAAUUAUUAGAAAAACAUUUUUCCCCAAAAAAGAAUAUUAUUGUCGAGCAACACAAAUUCUUGUGUGAAUCACAGAGCAGUAACGAUUCAAUUGCUGAAUAUGUAGCAAAACUAAGAAAAUACGUAAAUGGUUGCGAAUUUAAUUGUGAGUGCGGCAAAUCAAUAGCAGACAUUUUCCUGAGAGCACAAUUUAUACGCGGUAUUAACGAUACAUCAAUUAAAGAACAACUUUUGCAAAUUAGUACGCUGACUUUUAAAGAAGCCGUGGAUAAAGCAGUAGCACUGGAAGCGUCUAAACUCGAUACUAAACAAAUCUCGAAUAAUCUAGAUAAAUCAAGUGACAUUAAUCGGUUAUCAAGGUACCAUACAAGUAAUCGAAGUAGUGAAAACGCAAAUCAUCGGUCUAAGAGUCGGUAUCGGUCAAGAGACAUUAAAAACAAUCAGAGUGAAUUUCGAAAACGGUCAAAAUCGCGAAUUAAUUACAGAAGUUUAGGUAUCGAAAAUCUGUGCUUACGUUGCAGUCGAGAUAAUCAUUUAUCGAACACUUGUCGAAUCGAAAUCAAUGCACUUAAAUGUAAAUCAUGUGGGAAAGUAGGUCACGUAGAAAAAGUGUGCAUCCAAACCUUAUUAAAACAAAAAACAUCUCAGAGGCAAAAACCAUCUACAACUGCAGAAACAAACUACGUCGAGCCAGUUCUACACCAUUUUGAUGGAAUCAAUCAAAUCGUCGAUAUUUUUGAAAAAUCCAGAACGUCCAAUCAUGAAGCUCAAAAAUACUUCACAAAUGUUUAUAUCCAAGGAAGACGUCAAACCUUUGAAGUAGACUCAGGUGCAGGCUUCACACUUAUACCAGAAUCCGAUUACGCUAAACUACGUCUAAAAACAGUACUAAAAAAGUCCAAUACAAAGUUUCGGUCUUACACAGGAGACAUCUUCACUCCAGUAGGCUCCGUUUCGGUACAAGUUGAGUAUCAAGGGCGAAAAUCUCAAGAGGAAAUGUACGUCGUACCUUCAAGAUUCCCUCCUAUCCUAGGUCGCGUGUGGAUACGCCAUUUGCAAAUCGACUUAGCUGAAAUCGACAAAAGAAACUCGAUGUCCAAUACUUCUAAUAUCUUAUCCAUCAAUAUAGUACCAGCUUUAUUUGAAGAAUAUAAAGAAAUUUUCGAACCCAGAAUAGGAUGUAUUCCAGAUAUUACGUGUUCCUUGAAAUUACGAGAAAAUGCUAAACCAGUAUUUAUUAAACAACGAGAAGUUCCACAUGCUUUACGCGAAAAAGUAGAAAAAGAAUUAGAUGACCUUGAACAAAAUGGUAUAAUUACAAAAGUAAAUCUUAGCGACUGGGGUUCACCACUUGUCGUUAUUCCCAAACCAGAUGGUAAUGUUAGGUUAUGUGUCGAUUACAAAAUAGCCGUUAAUCCUCAGCUCAAAUCCGCUCAUUAUCCAUUUAAACGCAUCGAUGAUAUUUUAAACAAUCUCCGGAAUUCAACCUAUUUUUGCCGAUUAGACCUGUAUAAAGCAUAUCUACAUGUACGAGUUGAUGAAGACAGUCGAGCAGUACAAACGAUUUCAACACAUCGAGGUACUUAUCAAAUGAACAGAUUAUCAUUUGGCAUAAAAACAGCUCCAAGUGAAUUUAACCGAAUAUUGGACCAAAUUCUUCAAGGCUUAGAGGGAACAAUGUCAUACUUUGACGACAUCAUAAUCCAUGGAACAUCACAUGAAGAAUGCCAGAAUCGACUUAGACACUGCCUAGAGCGUUUAAGAAAAUAUGAUCUACACCUCAACAAAGACAAAUGUACUUUCUUUCAAACCGAAAUUCAGUAUCUAGGGUAUAUCAUUCGUCAGAACAAGAUUUCUAAAUGUCCAAAAAAGGUAGAAGCGAUCAACAGUGUUCCACGUCCUCGAAAUGCAGAUGAAGUACGUAGAUUUUUGGGAAUGGUUACAUACUAUUCUCGUUUCAUACCAGAUGCAUCAACCAUGACACAUCCACUUAGACAAUUACUGCGUAAGGACAAACAAUUUUUUUGGUCGUCAUCAUGCGAAUCAGCUUUUAUCAAACUGAAAACCGAAAUAUCAAGUGAACGGGUACUGGUUCCCUUCGAUCCCAAUUUACCAAUUACACUUGCGUGUGAUGCAAGCCCAACAGGCAUUGCGGGAGUAUUAUCAAACAUUAUCGACGGAGUUGAACGACCUGUAGCGUUUAUAUCCAGAUCACUGACACAAGCCGAAACAAAUUAUAGUCAGCUUGAUCGCGAAGCUCUUGCCAUCCUGUUUACAGUGGGCAAAUUCUACAAUUAUAUUUAUGGUCAACCAUUUACCCUAAUCACGGAUAAUCGUCCUUUAACAAGAAUCUUUCAUCAGAAUGCAAAACUGCCAGCGAUGACAUCAGCUCGUUUACUUCGUUAUGCUGCCUUUCUACAACAGUUCAAUUAUGAAGUCCAACAUCGGAAAGCCGAAGAUCACGUCAAUGUUGACUUCUUUUCAAGAGCACCUUCUAAUGAAAAAUCAAUUGGAAUAGAAACAACAUUAGACCAAGAGUUACAGAACUUAAAUGACCAGGUGAUAAAUCAAAUUUCAACUUAUUCUCUCACAAGUACAUCAAUCGCAUUCGAAUCUCAGCAAGAUCCAGAACUGUCAAAAAUAAAGGAAAGCCUUAUACAUGGAAAUCUCAAUAAUCCAGACUACAGUCUUCACGAUGGAGUUAUAUUCAAAGGCCAACGUGUAGUAAUACCAACGAGCCUUCGUGCAGAAGUUUUAAAGGAGUUGCACCAUACACAUGUCGGUAUCGUCAAAAUGAAGCAGUUAGCCCGGAGGUAUUGUUAUUGGCGAAAUAUCGACAAGGAUAUCGAAAAUCUUGUUCGACAAUGCGAAAAUUGCGCCCUCAUCAAAAAAGAUCCUGUAAAAGCUCCAGUACACCACUGGGAUGAGCCCAAGGAAAACUUCGAACGAGUCCACAUCGACUAUGCAGGACCCUUCCAGGGAUUCUAUUUCCUCGUACUCGUUGAUUCAAAAUCCAAAUGGGCAGAAGUCAAAGUAAUAAAAGAAGCACCAACUUCAGAAUCGACAAUAUACCUUUUGCAAGACAUUUUUAGUGUACAUGGAUUGCCAAGAAAUUUGGUAUCAGACAACGCCACAAUUUUCCAUAGUGAUACAUUUCAAACAUUUUGUAGAGAAAAUGGAAUCAUGCAAAAGUUUAUUGCACCAGGGCACCCUGCCACAAAUGGUCUCGCUGAAAGGAAUAUUCAAACCCUUAAGCAGAAACUUACAGCCAUGGCAGACGAAAAGCUCUCGAUGAACCAGAAAGUGCGUGAGAUAUUGUACCGAUAUCGAGGCACACCAUUGAAUUGCGGUAAAACACCAGCUCAACUUUAUCUUGGAAGAGACAUUCGACUUAAGCUAGAUGCACUACGUCCAUCAAAAGAACCUGCCAGUAAACCAGCUGACCUUCCCCGAGUUCGAAACCUCAGCGUGGGAGAGAGAGUCCAAGUUCGUUGGUACACUAACCAGAAGCCUACAUGGAAAUUUGGAGUAGUUCUAAAGAAUGUGCAACCGAAGAAGAAGGUCACAUUCCAGGACAACAUCGAAGACCAACCCAAGCCAAUGGAAUUAGAAGAAAUUAUUAUCAGACCCGACAAUUAUGCUGCAGUUCCAGACCAAGGAAAUGUUCCUGUGAUGGCUCCCCCAGCCGAAGCUGUUCCUCAAGCGGCUCCGCCAGCUGUUCAAAUUCGAAGGUCACAAAGACAGCGCCAGGUUCCGAGACAUUUUCAAGAUUACGUUCGAGACUGA